AUGUACACCGUAUACACCAACGCUGGUUUCCGGGACUCGACGGGGCUGAGGGAGGAAGAGGAUGACGGGGAUGAUUAUGAGAACAUGACACCACCCUACAAGGACCUUCCUCCUAAACCAGCCCUCUCAGGAAAGACAAUGAAGAAGCCCUCACUUUCCUACAAGAUCCGGAAGAUGGCAGGUGCUAACCCGGAACCUUCUCCACCCCAGUCAACCCCAGCCGCAGAGGCUAGCCCCCCAACAGCAAGCCCAGUGCCCUGGAUCAGUCACAAGCUGGGGGGGCGUCCUGCGUGCUGCGGGGACCACAGACUGAUGACGUGUCUGUAUCUGCUGGUGGUGGUCUCGCUGCUCCUGGGGUGCCUUGGCCUGGCUGUUACCCUGAUUAAGUACCAGGUGGUGGUGGAAGAAUUGAGGCUGUUAGCCUUCCAGCAGAUGGCCUGGCAAGCAAAUGUGACUGGCGUGGCUGGGCUGGCUGGACUGAAGAAGGAUAUUGAUCGCUUGAAAGCUGAUACUGACCAGUCGCUGGUGGAACUUCGGGGCUUGUUAGACUGUAACAGGGUCACCUGCCCUGAGGGCUGGCUCCCCUUCGAGGGCAAGUGCUAUUAUUUUUCCCCAAACACCAAACCGUGGGAUGCAGCCCGGAAGUUCUGCCAGGAGAAUUACUCCCACCUCGUUAUCAUCAGCAGCCCUGCUGAGCAGAAGUUUGUGGCCAGUGCUCAUGGCUCCCCCCGGGUGUACUGGCUGGGGCUGACUGACAAGAACCAAGAAGGGGUCUGGAAGUGGCUGGAUGGGUCGCCCGUCACGCUAAGUUUCUGGGACCCACAGGAACCCAACAACCUCUGGAACGAGGACUGUGCCAGCAUGAACAGAGACGGCACCUGGAAUGACCUCGCUUGUGAGAAAACGACGUAUUGGAUUUGUGAGCGGAAAUGCUCCUGCUGA